AUAAAAUAAUACAAACAGCGUCAGCGAUACUGAUUGGCCUCUUUCUUGUUUUUUGUCAUCGUUCUGGUAUAUUAUAAGCGAAACAAUACAUUUGAUUUGAGUGAGGAGACAAAAAAUGGUGAUGUGGGUAUUUGGGUACGGGUCUCUAAUAUGGAAAGUUGGGUUUAACUAUGAUGUUCGUCUUGUCGGUUUCAUCAAAGGAUAUCGCCGUGUCUUCUACCAAGGCAGUACUGACCACAGAGGCACCCCCGAGAAUCCUGGAAGAACAGUCACUUUGGAACCUGCCGACGGUGAAAUCUGUUGGGGAGCUGCAUACAAGAUUUCCAGGGAAGAGGACAAAGAAAUUGCAAUAAAUCAUUUAGAAGUGAGGGAGAAACAAUAUGACCAGAAAGCUUACAUUGAUUUCUUUACCGACCCCACAGCCACAACUCCUGUUGUCACUGGAGUAAUGGUAUACAUUGCGUCUGCAGACAAGAAGCAGAACCAAAACUAUUUGGGGCCUGCAUCUAUUGAAGAUAUUGCCAAACAAAUUGUGAAUGCUGAAGGCCCCUCAGGACCCAACAGAGACUACCUUUUCCAACUUGAAAAGGCUCUUCUUGAAUUUGGAUGCAAAGACGAACAUGUAAUUAAUCUUGCAAAUGAAGUGAGGCGCAUUCUUUCAGAGUCAGAACAACUUUCGAAUUAAUCUAAAGUCCGCUUGCUGUUGAGUUUCCAAUUGUCCAUCAUUUGCAUCAUUAUCCAUUCUGAGGCUGACCGCAUUAUUUUUUUUCUUAUUUAUAAGGUCAUAUCAAUAAUGCUCCUGAUAAUGGCCCUGCUUUCUUAUGCCAUUUGGCAGUGACUUCUACGCGGUUUCAUUCAUGUAUCUCUACUCGUUUAUUGUUCAAAGCAUCUUAUUGAUAAA